GUUUUAAACUUUCGAUAAGUAUAGACGCAUUUACCUAUGAACAAAGACUGAGCACAAUAGCAAUGAGAAUAUUUUUGUGUUUGGCACUAUUAGCAGGCAUAGCGCUGAGCGCUCAUGCAACAAAGCCACCUCGCUGGGAUCCCAACUAUAUAGUAAAGGGUACGCUAUACAUACCAUAUGCUGAGAUUGCGGAGCCUUUCUAUGCUUGGUACGACAAAGGUACCAAGCGAUCGCGUAUUGAUUACUAUGGCGGCAUGGUGAAGACCUAUCAGUUGGCGGGCGAAGGUCAAUACGGUACUUCGCUUAAAUUGGCGCCAGUCACAAGCAAGGAUGAGCUGAACAAGCUAACCUGCCUGCAGGUGAACGGCACCGAACAAGAUUCUGUAGAGAUACAGAGCAUCUUGCCCAAUGUUAAAGAUUUUGAGCUAAUUGGCACCGAAAGCUUUUUGGGGUUUACCUGCGAUAAAUUCCGUUUGGAGCAGACCAAUGGCCAAAAGAAAAACGUUUAUACAAUGUGGGUGCGUUAUAAGAAGUCUCCGCACUAUCCUGCAAGUCGUAUGCCUAUUCCUGUGCGCUAUGAGAUGCGCGGUUACAAUACGCUGUUGGGUUCACAUUACGAUCAUUAUUAUUUGGAUUAUGAUAGUUAUGAGCACGACGAUAUACCCAAUGAAGUAUUUGAAAUUGAUGAAAAUCUAACCUGCAUGGGCUUCCCUGGCCCUGGUAGCGGACAUUUUGCCACUUUUAAUCCCAUGAAGGAGUUCAUUUCGGGAAGCGAUGAACAUGUAGACAAGGAAUUCCAUCACUUUAAGCGCAAGCACGGCAAGGAUUAUCCCAGCGACAACGAGCAUGAAUACCGCAAGAACAUAUUCCGUCAAAAUCUGCGGUAUAUACACUCCAAAAAUCGUGCCAAACUGACCUAUACUCUAACCGUUAAUCAUUUGGCCGAUAAAACUGAGGAUGAACUCAAGGCACGACGCGGCUACAAGCCCUCACUUACAAAAUAUAAUGGCGGCAAAGCUUUUCCUUAUGAUGUGAACAAACACAAGGACGAAAUUCCAUCGCAGUACGACUGGCGCUUGUACGGCGCUGUGACGCCAGUUAAGGAUCAAUCGGUUUGCGGCUCUUGCUGGUCGUUUGGCACAAUUGGUCAUCUGGAGGGUGCCUUCUUCCUUAAGAACGGCGGCAAUUUAGUGCGUCUUUCCCAGCAGGCACUAAUUGAUUGCUCCUGGGGUUACGGCAACAAUGGCUGCGAUGGCGGAGAAGACUUCCGUGUCUAUCAAUGGAUGAUGCAAGUAGGCGGCGUGCCCACCGAAGAGGAAUAUGGUCCAUACCUAGGUCAAGAUGGCAUGUGUCAUGUCAAUAAUGUAACGCUUGUGGCGCCCAUCAAAGGCUUUGUAAAUGUCACUUCCAACGAUCCAAAUGCCUUUAAGCUGGCUCUGCUUAAGCAUGGCCCAAUUUCUGUGGCCAUUGAUGCCUCACCUAAGACAUUUAGCUUCUACUCGCAUGGUGUAUACUAUGAGCCAGAGUGCAAGAACGAUGUGGAUGGUCUGGAUCAUGCGGUGCUGGCAGUUGGUUAUGGCACUAUUAAUGGCGAAGAUUACUGGCUGGUGAAAAACUCCUGGUCUACCUACUGGGGCAAUGAUGGUUAUAUUUUAAUGUCUGCACGUAAGAACAAUUGCGGCGUCAUGACCAUGCCUACUUAUGUGGAAAUGUAAUUUCAAAUAUUUUAAUUUGUAUAUACUCAAGCCCUAAGGUCUCUACAUAUAUAUAUGCAAUAAAGACAA